AGCUGAAGGCAAGAGGAAGCUCCAGAGAGAGCCCCCUUCAGCGUGUCUCUGAGGCUUGUGAACUCGGCUUGCUAGAAGGCUCAAGGAAAGGAUGGCAGGAAUGAAAAUCCAGCUGGUAUGCAUGAUACUCCUGGCUUUCAGCUCCUGGUGUCUGUGCUCAGAUUCAGAAGAGGACAUGAAAGCGUUAGAAGCAGAUUUAUUGACCAAUAUGCAUACAUCAAAGAUCAGUAAAGCAAAUGUCCCUUCUUGGAAAAUGACCCUGCUAAAUGUUUGCAGCCUUAUAACCAGCCUGAACAGCCAAGCUGAGGAAACUGGAGAGUUUCGUGAAGACGAGCUUGUUGCAAGACGGAAAUUUCCUCCUGCCUUAGAUGGCUUUAGCUUUGAGGCAAUGUUGACAAUAUACCAGCUCCGAAAAAUCUGUCACAGCAGGGACUUUCAACACUGGGAGUUAAUUCAGGAAGAUGUUCUUGAUACUGGAAGUGACAAAAAUGACAAGGAAGAAGUUAUAAAGAGAAAAAUUCCUUACAUUCUCAAACGGCAGCUAUAUGAGAAUAAACCCAGAAGACCCUACAUACUCAAAAGAGGUUCUUACUACUACUGAGAAGAUAAAUAUUUUAUUUAUAUGUGAUUGUGAUUUAUCAUCCUUUAAUUAAAUAUCAAAUUGUACUUCUGUGGAAAUGUGACAGAACACAGUUAUUUUGUCUCUUCUAAAAUUGUGACUUAUGAGAUGUGAUUUUACUGCAUUAACAUAAAUUGGACUGAAUGUUUUCAAAUAAAUCUAGAUCUUCAGCAUGA